AUGGCGGCGGAACAGAGAAAGCUGCUCGAGCAGCUCAUGGGAGCUGACCAGCUCACUGGCACCGGCGCUCAGGGUCGCAAUUCCCAGCUCCAAAUCACAGACCCGAAAGUCUGCCGCUCCUACCUCGUCGGAACCUGCCCGCACGACCUCUUCACCAAUACGAAGCAGGACCUCGGACCUUGCCCGAAGGUGCACAGUGAAGGGUUGAAGACGGAGUACGAGACGGCGUCUUCAGCAGAGAAGGCGAAAUGGGGCUUCGAAUUCGACUACAUGCGCGAUAUACAAAAGUACAUUGACGACUGUGACCGCCGCAUCGAGACUGCACAACGCCGGCUGGAGAAGACGCCAGACGAGAUCCGGCAAACCAAUGCUCUGCUCAAACAAAUUGCCGACCUCACUAACACCAUCAACGGCGGCCUUCUCGAAGUCUCCGUCCUCGGCGAGACGGGUUCCGUCGCAAUGGCCUUGACUGAAAUGCACAAGGUCCGCACCGCCAAACACCAAAAAGAGACCUGCGAGCGUGACCUAAAGAACCUCCAAGAUACCUCUGGCCCGUCUGGCCACCAGAAGUUGCAAGUUUGCGAUGUCUGCGGUGCCUACUUGAGUCGACUCGACAAUGAUCGACGUUUGGCAGAUCACUUCUUCGGAAAAAUGCACAUGGGAUACUCGGAUAUGCGCAAGACCGCCAAGAAGCUCGCUGUCGAGCUGAAGGGUCGCGCACCGCCAGUACGCCAACACCAUGAGGACGAUGAUCCCUAUAGUGCAGGUGGCCGAUCUGGAGGACGUGGCCCUCGCUAUGGUGGUGGUGGCGGCGGCGGCGGCGGUGGAGGCUAUCGUCGACGGGGUGGUGGAAGAUGGUAA